UUUCAGCCAAAAGACGAACACCUCAAUAGACUGUGCAAACGAAGCGAUUAAUAGUGGAGCAAGAAACACUGAUUUUGUGAAAACAGAGUAAAACGGUGGAUAUCCAGCUGCUAAAGAGGAAGAGAGAUCAAGGUCACGUGACGACUGUUUUUUCAUAGUUCCAACAUGGCGGUCUGUAUUGCUGUCAUUGCAAAAGAGAACUAUCCUCUGUACAUCCGGAGUGUACCUACGGAGAAUGAGUUGAAGUUUCAUUACACGGUCCAUACCUCGCUGGAUGUGGUGGAGGAGAAGAUAUCUGCGGUGGGAAAAGCCCUGGUUGAUCAAAGAGAAUUGUAUCUUGGUCUGCUGUACCCAACAGAAGAUUACAAAGUAUACGGCUAUGUCACAAACUCCAAGGUGAAAUUCGUCAUCGUCGUCGAUUCUUCGAACACAUCUCUAAGAGACAAUGAAAUCCGCAGCAUGUUCCGAAAGCUGCAUAACUCCUUCACUGACGUGAUGUGCAACCCUUUCUACAACCCUGGUGACCCCAUCCAAUCAAAGGCCUUUGACAGCAUGGUGUCUGCGAUGAUGGUGCAAGCUUGCUGAUAACUCUGCUGUCAGAUCUUGUGCUUUGUACAUAACCCCUCCCCAUAAUUCUUUAUUUUGUAUUUAUGACAUUUGCCUGCUUCUUCAUAAAAUAAAGCAUUCAUUCUUCCUGUA